AUGGUCAACCCUAACGAGGACACUGAAUUCAACGACGCGCUGCGUGCGCAGGGCAUCCUGCCCCCGAAGCCCCCUUCGCGCUCUCCAUCUCCCGACAUUCCGCACAUUACGCGGGCGGACGCGACGCGCGCGCUCGCCGAGGUCGCGGACGCCGACCAGUUGGGUGACCUACUCGAGGGAGAUGGCCUUGACUCGGACGAUGAGCGCAUGUUCGAGGACUACCGCCGCAAGCGGCUGGCGGAAAUGCAGCAGGCGGAGAAGAAGGGCAGGUUCGGGAGCAUGGAGCCGCUUGCGCGCGAGGACUUUGUGCGCGAGGUCACGGAGGGGAGCAAGGCCGUGCCGCCUGGCGAGGAGGUAGACGAGGACUCGGACGACGAGGCGCCGAAGAAGAGCCGUGGGACAGGUGUUGUGGUCUUCCUCUUCCAGGACUCAAUACCGCUGUCCCAGCACUUUCGACCACUGCUGAACCAGUUGGCGGCCGCGCACCCCGAGACCAAGUUCCUCGCCAUUCCCGCUCAGCUGUGUAUUCCCAACUACCCCGACAAGAAUGUCCCCACACUCCUGAUUUAUCGCGGUGGAGAGAUGAUGGGGCAGGUCGUGGCUGGCGCCGGCCUGAAGGGCAUGAAGACGACGGCUAGGGAUCUCGAGGCGCUUCUCAUCCGUUACACGGCGCUGAAGGGCCCAUCGAAGGCGCUGCGCGGCGGCGGCAACCGUGAGGAGGACAGCGAUGAUGAUCUCGAGGACGAUGUUGGUGCCGUCAAUACCCGCGGAGGGGGUAUCCGGAGCGGCGGCGUCGGCGUGGGUACGAGGCGGGACGCGAGCGACGACGACGACAGCGACUUUGACAUGUAG